UGGUGCUCGAUUCCACAGGCAGAUGUGAGCGAGCGAGAAGUGAAUGCGAGAGAUCCCAACGUAAACACAAUUUUCCACUUACCAAGUGAAUUUAUAUUUUGUGCCGUGGUGUGGUUUACUUACCAUUUGUUAUUGGUUGUUCGUUCAGUUUUCCGCCGACCGUUCGCACGAAAGAACCCUCCUGCGCUCGAAUCUGUUGAGAAACAGAAAGAAAAAUUAUUAAUAGAAAAGAGAAUAGAUAAGAAUAAGUUGGCGACCAUAUGAAAGGAACAUUUUGUACGAGUGAAUCAAAAGCAAAAUAAAAAAAAGAAGAGAAAAUAAGAAUUUACAACGACAAGGAACAAAUAACAAUAAAAAAAAGAGUGAAAGUAUAAAAAAGGCAUGGCGCUUCAAAAAAAAUCUUUUGCGAAACGUGCAAAUCAUGCAUUUAAACGGUAGAAAAGCAGCGAAGCUACGGUGAACAAAGUAUUUCGGUGGUGGUUGUUGUUUUUAUUUUCGUUAUAUUUUCGGUGAAAAUGUGUGCAUAAGUGAGUGGUAUCGUGAGCAUUAAGUACAUUUGUCCACAACACGGGUGAAUAUAUCGGAAGGCAGCUAGGUGCAGCCGCGUAGAACAUAGCGAUAGCAUUCAUUUUUCACACGCCCAAUAGCAACAAGAAAGGAGAGAAAAAAAAAACUCGCUUUUGUUACACGAGGCGAAAUGAUGAGUCCAUGAAUGUGCCCAUUGAAACGACAAAGUGAAACGAUAACAUUGACGUCCAAACGAAAUGUCUCCAGGCUUUUCCGGUGGAGCAUACACACUCAUCGACUAGAUCGAUGAUUGCAUACAAAAAGCGAGCGUCAACACCGGUAGCACUGAGCUUGUGCUUAUUUCUUGUGUACUACGUACGUGGCUGCAAUGUUACCAUUUUCAGUUCUCACAUUCGCUAAUAUAUUUGGAGCUGGCGGAAAUAUUAGCAUCUGCCUCUUGGAAUAAUCGAACCAAGAAAAUAGAGCACAAAAAAAACGAAGCGGAGGAAGAGGAACGACUCCGAAAAUAGCAGAGACACAAGAGGGAAGAAAUACAGAACGCGAUAGAAACAUCGAAAAUAUAUUCAAAGAACCUUUAUCAAUAACAAUAGAAUUCACGAGCAGAGAGUGAGUGGGAGAGAGAGAGAGAGAACAAACAGAGCACGCACGCAAGUGGAAAACGAAGCGACAAAGAUCCAGAUUUUAGUCACGGACCACAUUGGGGAAUAUUUAAAAAGAAAGUUGUGUUUUUCCUGUGUUUUGAAGCAAACAAACAAGCAAGCACACACACAACAACAAACAAUACACGGCAUUAUCCAGGUUCUGGCACAUUUUGCAGUCGGCACGGCAUAAUCAUCAUGGCUGCUCCAAUCGAGGAGAAUGUUUACAAUGCCUUGCGGGGACAUUUAAGCCAAAAUACAAAGCUACCGACACCUCUGAUCAUCAAAAUUUACGUGGCAAGCACUAAAAAUGAAUUCAAAGUCGAGAGACGCAUUCUAUUGGAAGUAAUUGGACCUGAAUUGCAAUCAAUUUACGAUGAUCGUCAAAUUGAGAUUGAGUUCGUUGACAUGCACUUUGGUACUGGGCCCGGCCAGGAUACUCUCACCGAUUUGGAUCCAUACAUACUCAACGAGCAUCUUAGCGAAAUUGAAAUUUGUUCUCGUGUUUCGAAAAGCGUAUUUUUUCUUACAUUAGUUGGUAAUAGCUUAGGAAAACUGCAUCUACCAACCCAUUUGGACGAAGAUGUGUUCAAAGCAAUUCAACGGCACGCAAACGAUGUAAACCUAAUGAACGAAUGGUAUCAGCAUAAUGCAGAAGCACACACAUACACACUACGAAAAGAUUAUAGAGAGAAAGAUUUGAAUAAAAAAUGGAUUGCCGAUGUUGAUAGACUACGAACGAUAAUAAAUACAGCCAUUACUUCCAUUUCGGAUUGUACGACAUCAAGCGAAUCAGCGAUGUUACGUGAUAAAUUGAAAGCAAUUCAAAUUACAGCCACGGAAAUGGAAAUUCACAAAGCGCUCGCACAACCGAGCAAACGGAUACUGGCUGUGUUUCGAGAGUGGAAACCAUUAGCAUCAUCGAUGAAUAUGAGCGAAAGUAGCAAAGUGGUGGCCGAUCGCGCGUCGCGUGACAAAAUCAAGAAGAUAAAAAAUCUGCUGGCGGAACAUGUGCCUGCCGAACAACUUAUAACAUUAAACAUAAAUGGUGAUCCAGUCGAUAUUGAUCCGGAGUGUGUGAGCCAUGAUGAAUAUUUGACCGAAUUUAAAAGUAUGCUCUUCACAGCACUACGAAAUGUCAUUGAUGCUGACACAGCCAACGAUCCAGAUUGUAUCAAAGGACGCAAGAAAACCGUACAGGAAAUAUUCCACGAGCAUGCGAUCCAUUUGCGAUGCCUGAACGAGCAUUAUCAAUCGAAUAGCCUUUUGUCAUCAAAUGUGCCCGAACUUAUCAAAUCGAACAUUUUGAAGUGUUAUCGUUCGGCCAGUCGACAUGCACCGUACUUUAUUUAUGGCAAACCGGGCUCGGGCACCAGUUCACUAAUUGCAGAACUUUACACCAAUGUAACACAAUGGUUUGACAGCAAUACAAAAGUUCAUCGGGUAAUUCGAUUCGCAUCGGCAACGCCACGAUCGGCUUAUGGUUUGGAAUUAUUGCGUGUCAUUUGUCAGCAAAUUUCCAUCAUAUUCAACAUACCCGAAGGCUAUCUACCGAAAGAUGCAUCAUUCGAUCCGGUGUAUAUCAAUACAUGGUUUCAAAAUCUGGUGCGACGAUGUGAAGAUUUACGUAACGAAGUGCUCAUUCUAUUCAUCGAUGAUAUGCAUAAGUUGAAUCCAUUGGAUUGUGAUAAUGUGUCGGCAUUGUCUUGGCUGCCAAUUAGUUUGCCAUGGAAUGUCUAUUUAAUUUGUACGACAAAAGUGGCAACCGAUUCAUUGCGAUUGACACAAAUCCAAAAGGAGCGUUUCAAACAGGCCGAUUCAUUGUAUGAUCUCAGUGCGGAUGCAAAUCGUACGGUGCUCCGUAAAUGUUGUGAUACCGAAACGUUUUCCGACUACAUUAAACGCAAUUUUGAUGAAAUAGAACGAGAUUUUGGGGUAAAAGGUUUCGGACGAUUGGCCACGUAUUUAACAUGCACCGAAUAUGGUCUCACCGAAACCGAACUACUCGAAUUACUGAUGCCGAUACACAAUAGUGAAGCGAUAAUCGAUAGCAGUCAAGGAGAUUUUAAUUUUUCCACUUUUCGUCAUAUUCGAAACCGAAUGAAAGCGAUAAUUCGUCCGAAAAUUAUGUCUGGAAGAAUAUUGAUCGAAUGGAAGCAUAGACUGUGUUCAGAAUUGUCACGACAACGAUUCAUGGAUCCGGAUAUUACGCGAGCCGUUCACAUUGAAAUUGCCAACAUAUUCUUUAAUCAAGAGCAAGACGACAGCGACGAAAUCUCAAGUGAACAUAAUAGCGCGGAUAAUCCAAGUGAUUCGGUGAGCAAAUUGUACAAUCCGUCGGGUGUCGAUGUGUCAUACAGUACACGUCAUGUGGAAGAAUCCUGGCAUCAUUUGAUGAAGGCCGAAGAUACGGUUAAAUUUAAGCAAAUUGCCGUUUGUAACUUUGAUUUUCUACUGGCAGCGGUUCAAACCGUGUCUAUUAGCUACUUGAGAUGUCUCAUCGAACACGUGCGUUGCUAUAUUCUCGAUAGAGACAUUGAAUUGAUUUAUUACACCAUACGAAAAUCAAGUGAUGUACUAACAAGGGAUCCCAUGCAAUUGGGCGCUCAGCUAAUUUCGUGGCUGCGUCCAAUUUCGGAACAUGAUGAAAAUGACACAUCUUUGCUCAGCAUCACCGUUCGCUCAGCAACUGCAUGGUGUGAUGGUAUCACUUCAGUUCCACUACUUGUUCCGCUCACCGGAUGGCUACCAUACCCACUGCCGUCACAAAUUCGGACAAUGACGGUUACAGGCACUGGCUUGAUUCGUUCCAUUGUAAUGGCACCGUCAAAGCAACAUUUAGUCAUUGCACCACAAGUUGGCGAUGCUCAACUCUGGCAUAUCAUGAGCAAUAGCUUAGUGCACACAUUCAAAGGUCACAACGGAGCUAUCACGUCGAUGAUUGUCCCACAGCAAUCACAAUAUCUUUUAACCGGAUCUGAAGAUACAUCGGUCAUAGUAUGGGAUAUGAAAACAUUAUAUAUGAAAUUAAGAGUUAGGGAACAUAUUGCGCCUGUAGCUUGCGUUACUUCGGCUAUGGAUAACACUAUUAUCAUAAGUGGCAGCGAAGAUUCCAGCAUUUUAUUGUCAUCGUUCUCAACUGGAAAAUUGAUAACGAAAAUUGAUCAUCAUCGUGGUCCGAUAAGUGGUUUGCAAGUGAGCCAUAUCAGCGACGUAUUAGUUUCAUCGAGCCAUGAUUCAACCGUCUGCCUUUGGUCAUUGGAUGAUUUCACGUUAUUGAACACCAUACAACUCAAUAGCCCGAUAUUAAAUAUUCAAAUAUCCAACGAUUCGGUAUUCUUAUUGGCACAUUGUAAGGAUAAUGGACUAUAUUUGAGAACAUUGGCAACGGGCACCGAACUGCACAGUCUUAAAGGACACAAAUCAAAGGUACGUGCCAUAACGAUGGCGAUGGAUAGUCAACGUGCAAUAGUCGGUUGCGAUGAUACGCGUGCAUUAAUAUUCGAUAUGCAUUCUGGUAGGUUGACUCGUUCACUGCCGCCGAAUCCGGGCCCGGUCACGGCCUUAUACGUAGCCAAAAUGGACGAUUUCCUAAUUACAGCAGGCGGAAAUAAAAUCUCAUUCUACUCGUUUCGCAAUGAAGAGCCACGGCCAUAUCCACGUCGAAAUCCGAAGGGAAAACCAUUGCGUCAAAUGUCACAGUCACAACGUGCAAUCAUCAGUGCAUCACAGCCAGCCUCUUGCUUUGAUAUAUCAAGGGAUUCACAAUUGUCGGCCAUUGCAUCGGGCCGAUCGAUUCAAAUUUGGCAAAUCAAUGUGCCACAAAUGACACAAACAUUUGAAGAGCACACGGGCGCUGUAACAUGUGUCAGUUUUUCACCAAACGUGGAAUUUUUCGCAUCGGGUGCUGAAGACAAAACCGUUAUCGUUUGGAAUUUGGUGUUCAGCUUAGUUGUUACUACAUUCAAGGGUCAUAAUGCUGCCAUUCAAUGCGUUACGGUGAUGAUGGAUUCGCGUCGUAUAAUCUCAGCCGACCGCGACGGAUUACUUUGCGUGUGGCUGGCCGAAACAGGAACACUACUUCAAACAAUACAGGGACCAUAUAAAAGCCUUGCGGCAACCAACAAUAUGAAGUUCGCGGUGUGCACAAACGGUGAUACCAGCCUGAAAAUUUGGUCAUUAACACGAGAAAAUGAAAUUUAUUCGGUAUCCCAUUCCGGUGAAAUUACGUGCUUUUGCAUUACCGUCGAUAGUUUGUUUGUGAUAACCGGAUCGCGGGAUAUGUCGCUGAAGGUUUGGCAGGCAACGGGUGGUAAAUUGGCUCAAGUACUGGUUGGCCAUAGCGAUGCGGUAACAUGUGUUGCCGUUUCAGUGGCAAAUAAAACGCAAGUGAUAUCCGGUUCGAAGGAUUGUAAUUUAAUUGUAUGGGACAUACAUACGGGCGAAGAGAUUCAUACGUUGGCCGGGCAUUUGGCACAAGUAACAUGUGUAAAAAUUUCGGCGGACGGUACAACAGCUGUGUCGGGCAGCGAUGACAAGGUUUUAAUUGUGUGGGAAACGAAACGUGGAUUGGCAUUAACCUCGUUACAAUUACAUGUGCCGUUCAUACGAUUUGACAUCAGUUUGGAAUGUUCACGCAUUUUAGUGCAUAUCGUUGAUAGCCCAAUAUUGCCGGUCAUUUGUCUGCACAACACACCAGCCAGUUACAUCAAAUUGCCCACUUAUUCGGCGCCCGCACAAGAUGUUGAAGAUUUACGACCGGCUGGCCCGAAACGACAAAUGCGCCGGUUGUUAAAGAAGGAGGUGUCACUAGACACUUACACAUGGCAAAAGAAAUAUGGUCAUUUAACGAGUUCGGUGAUGAUGGCUCAAGUGGAUGAACGGCUUAAACGCCGCUUUAGCGUUAGUGCAUCGAUGGAAGAGAUAUCGAAAAUUGCCGAAAUGAAAACACUUCAGUCACAAGCGAGCCUCGGGCCCGAGCAAGCCGCACUCGCUCAAUCACAACAUUUUGAUCAACUUGAAGCUCUGUGGAAUAAACGCUCGCCACCACGACGACGCAACAAUGCUUCAUUGUCACGACAAACGUCCUUGGUUGAAGAUCGAAUUGACGAUUCGGACGAAGAUGAAUUUCUGGAGGAGCGGACAGAUAUGAUUUAAAUGUAAUAGCGCAUGACCAAACGCACCAAACAUGAGCUGAACUAACCUCGAAUCUCGUAAAUAACUAAUUGGCUACUAGUUACUAGCAUCACAUGAUAACCAAUUUAUUAAGCAAAUUAAGCGAUUUUUAACCACAAUAAUUGUAUCAAAAUCAGACAAAAGAGAGAUAGACACAGAGAUACACGGAGAAAACCAACACACAAUUGACCACAAAUUUGCACGAUUUUCAAUCAAGAUCAGGAAUUGACUAAUACAACAGAAGAAAAAAAAACCAAAUGGUUUAAUUAAAUCGAAUCAACAACAUUGAACACACAUCAUAAUUACAUCACAUCACAUCGUAUACCCAUGUAACACGUAAUUGGUUGAAUUAAAUGAACAGCAGAGAGAAAAACAGCAACAACUACUUGUAUUGUGUAAAUUAGAAAAGGGAAUAUCCAGUGUAAAGUAAUAAUUAUUAUAACAAUAGCUGCAAAGGUUAAGUGUUUUAAACAAUUUUAUUAGUAUUAACGAUAAUCUAAUCUCUAUUUGAAUGGGUAGAUUUUAUUAGUAAAAUACAAAAGGAAAUGAAUAACAACAACAACAACAACAAUAACAGCAACAACAACUAAAAACCACUCUAUAUCUAUGUAACGUUAGAUUUAAAAGCAUGUGAAACAAUUGAAAUGCCGCAGCUAAUAUCAACCUAACACAAUAAAUUGCAACAGCAAAUUAUAAUCAGUUCUAUCAAAGCACGAUUUACGAUCUCACCUCAGUUCAAUUGCAAUAUCAGCCGUAGUUUUGUAAUUGGUAGUUGAAUUUUGAUAAUGGGCCACCAAUAGCCAGCCAGACUUACACACACACACACACACACACACACACACACACACAUCGAGAUGAUAAAAGAAAAAAACAGCUAAACUGAAAAUUGAGCACGAAUGCCUGAUUAAAUGACCCCCUUCAUGCGUUGCACACAUACACAAACACACCUCUAGGUCUUUUGCACUAAAUUCCAAUUGAUAUUCAUCACAAACGACGACAGAAUAGAAAAAAAAACGACUAAAAUUCAACAUGAUAGCGAGAGAAAGAGAGAGUUGUGUUGGUUCAUGAGUCGAUUUUAUCCUGAAAUGGUAGCAAAAAUCAAUUUUAAUUAAAACACUUUAAUCCAAUUAAAAAAGUGAACGUUUACAGCGGAUCUAGAGUAAAAUCACACACAUACAGAUAGGGAGAGAGAGAGAGAGAGAGGGUACUUUGGACAAAGUCAAAAAGGAGUAAAACAAUAAAUAACAAAAAAUUAAUAGUUUUACAGGUAUGUCGUACGACGCGUGUCUAGUUUAUGGCACUCUGUGGCUGCAAGCGACUCAAAGGUUAGAUUACAUUGAAUCAAUGGGUAUGCUGCGCGCUGGUGCAGUAGUCAAAGCGCGCGAUAGAUGCAAUGCCACACUUUUUAGCGCUGUGUGCAACGGAUUACAUAAAAUAACAAUAUGUAGUUAGCACGCGACAGUGAGAUUGAAGUGAACAAAAAAAAAUCGCCAAACGAGGAGAGUGAACAGAGGAGAAAGUGUCUACGAUUGAAAAAGGGGAAGAGCAAGAAUCGUAAACGAAAAUGUAAAUCCAUGAACAUGAGCUAAUAGCUUGCGGUGUGCGAUCAUUUUAUAUGAAUAUGUACGACAUGGGAAUUAAGAACGUAGAGAUGCCAUCAUUUAUUCUUAAUUCGAAUCAAAUAUAUGCGGCGAUGUGGUGCAGUGUGUGCAAAACCCUUUCACGAUGGCGACCGUGCACGCUAGCGCGAGCAUCUACAUUUAAUUAUAAUUAUAAUUGAAUACACACACACACACGCAAGUGAAGUAAAUGGCGCGUAAUAUCGAAUUGAACAAUCGAUUGUAUUCACACGCAGAGCUCUCGAUAUGUGUAAUUUAGAUAUAUCAUCAUAUUACCUAGGGCCAUUUAACUCAAACUCUUGCGUUCUUUUUCCUUCUGUUUUUAUGUAAUAUAUACUGACUCGUUCAUUCUUAACCAUUUGGUCGCAUUUUGCCGAAGAAAAACAUUCACAACUCACAUACGAUUAAAUAUGUACACGAAAUGGACCAUUUUCAUAAUAAAUAUAUACCACACAAGGCAGCAAUUAAAACCCAUAAAAUAUAGAUCGCGCAAAAUCGUUUCUCAUUUUUUUGUUUUUUUGUUUCAAGCGUUGUUGUCGUCAACCAACUAGCGGGCAGACACAUAAACCACAUGUAUUUUAUCAUUUAUCGAAUUCAAUGUUGUAAUUUGUAUAUUUUAUUCAUUUGUAUGUGUUGAAAGGCAAAAUCAAAUGAAAAUUAAUAAAAGUGAAUAAAAAGUGAAUGAAAAAAAAAA